UGAGUGUAUAUUUAUCAAAAUACCAAUACCUUAAAAAAACUGAAAAUAACAAAUUUUAAAAUACAUUAUAACAAAUUCUUUGUAUAAUUAUUCACUAUGCUCAACAUAAAAUGCAUACGUUUACAUGUCUGCAUGUUUAUUUAUAUAAUUAUAUGCAGAACGUGUAAAGUGCUCAGAAGAGGAGCAGCAAAACAGUCAAAUCAUCAUCUUUGUGAACUUAAGGUUACUCUCAUUAACCCCUUCCUGUUUAAGUGGAUCACACAGCCUUUAAUUGAAUCUUGAUCUCUUCCCCACCCCUUUCGCCCUCCUGCUCUCCCCACGCUAUCAUUCCUCCCAGCAGCUCAAUCCGACGCCUCMUCCGUUUCUCCUAACAGGUGUUCUGUUUCACAGGGAGCACAGACUGUWAAGGCUUAAGGAUGGUCUCGCUUUUGUGAUCAAGAGGUCAAAAAGUCAUGAGCACACGAGGUGCGGCAUGGUUUCGAGUUUGUACCGUGGUUCUGCUCUUCACUGGGUCGACUGGGUUAGUCUGUUACACUGCUGUGAAAUCACUGGACUUAGGUUGCCUCCUGCGGUGGGAUUGUCCCCAUGCCAGUCCUAAUAUCACCUACACUGUACAAACAAAGACACAGGGGGACCCCUGGCAGGACGUCCCGUGGUGCGUUUGGAUCUCGUCCAACACCUGUGAUGUCUCGCAGGUCUUUUAUAACUUUGAGCUGUACAACAUGAUUCGUCUCGGGGUCCACCUCGGCCCCGGCUCCACCGUCUGGAUCAAGCCGCACAAGUUUGACUACAGUGACUUCACCUUCAGCCCUCCAUCUAUCUCWGUGUCUCUGAACGAUGACGACAGCCUUUCAGUGAAGGUACAGUUUCCCUGCGCUGCCAACAGGAGGUGCUCCCGUGAAGUGUGCUGCCCCAUCUCUCAGAUGAUUGACCCCUGGACCACAGUGACUAUCUCCAACCAGCUCAAUCGCUCUGAUCACCAGAGCCGCACGGUUUGGACCCAGGAAGUGGCGUCCAUUGUGGAGUUCUCGGGUUUGUCUCCAGGUCAGAACUAUUGUGUUGUGGCCAACUUCUCCUUCCCAACCUUCUCCAUGGCGGCUUCCCCACAAUCUGCUUCCAAAUGUGUUGAAACUGUGACCAAACCCGGAAUGCUGCCGAUGCUGUGUCUUGGAAUCGGUCUGUCUUUUCUUUUCCUUUUCCUGCUUGUCAUCAUGUUCCUGCGACAGCCGAGGCGAGCCGGACCAGCCCCAGAAAAUCAACCCAAGCCUCCGGCAUCUGUUCACGAUCUGGUUCCUUCAGUUCCUCCCACCACAGUCCCAGUAGAUCCUUGUGACAUCCACUUGGAAUUUGCCGAUGACCCCAUCUCCUCCAGCUCCUCCUACAGCUUCCAUUCCCACCAGGACCUGAGGUCCGGCGUUGGAGCCGCGAUAUCUAGUAAACCUGUUCACCUCAACUCCAGCUGUGCAGAUGAAGCAUAUCAUGACAACGGUGGACUAAAGCCAAAGAAGAGUCCGUGACUCUGGCUUUCAGCAUCACACUCGUUUCCCACACUCCCCAGAAAUGUGAAGGACACAAAUUUAAAGACUGAGAGCUGACGUCUGAAACUGUGGCACUGCGCUCCAAAUGAAGAGAAACAGAAGAAAACCUGUUUAAAGUCAUUCGAUGUUUGGAAAGUGAUCCAUUUUCUGAACUGGUAUCUUAUCUCCACAAAGGUUCAGGUUUCUUCUACGCUUGUUUGAAACUUGGUGCCAUCUGAUGAACCAGCUCAUGUUUUUAGGAGCAGAAUCAUUAAGAAAAUAAACGACCACCAAUGUAAAGCAUGAAUGUGACAUUGGUAUCAUUGACUGGUGGUUUGUUUUCUGUAUGGAGGCAGGAUAUCAAAUGACAGUGAUAUUAGAAAACACAAAUACUUGAAAAAAAGCACUGUUGUAAGUCAAGAUCUCUGUUCAUUUCUGUUUAUUUAGCACCAAUUCACCAGUCAUUGUUCUUUACAAUAAAACUAACAGGUCUAACUCUU